AUGAGCUCGACGACGACCAUCGACGACAAGUCCCUUGACGACAGGAGCCUGGGCCCGGACGACGAUGUCUUUAGGCUGCGACCGGAGCGGCUGUCGACGGCCGAGUCCCUCUGGGUGUCGGAGUCGCUCUCUCCCGUGCGCGAGGCCGUGUUUGUGGCCGUCGUGUGCAUGGCGCAGUUUUGCACGCAGGCGGCCUUUAUGGGCACGCUGGUGCUCCUGCGCACCAUCGGCGACAGCUUCGGGGUGUCGUCGCCGCCGCGGCUGGCGUGGCUCGUGGGCGGCUACUCGCUGACGGUGGGCACCUUCAUCCUCUUCUCCGGGCGGCUCGGCGACGUCUUCGGGUACAAGCGCGUGCUGUUGGCGGGCCUGGCGUGGUUCUCGCUGUGGUCGCUGGUGGCCGGGCUCAGCGUCUACAGCAGCUACACGCUGGCGGUGCUGAGCCGCGUGCUGCAGGGCAUCGGCCCGGCCGUGUGCCUGCCCAACGCGCUGGCCAUCCUGGGCGCCGCCUACCCGCCGGGCCACCGCAAGGCCAUGGCGCCGCGCACCUGGCGGGGCUGGGCCGAGACGCUCGACCUCGCCGGCGCCCUGCUCGGCGUCGUCGCCCUCGUGCUCUUCAACUUUGCCUGGACCCAGGCGCCCAUCAGCGGCUGGGCCACGCCCACCAUCCUCGUGCCGCUGGUGCUCGGGCUGCUGCUGCUGGGGGCCUUUGCCGUCGUCGAGUUCCGCGUCAGCCGCAAGCCGCUGGUGCCCUUUGACGCCGUCAACGCCGACGUGGCCUUUGUGCUGGCCGCCGUCGCCUGCGGCUGGGCCUCGUUUGGCGUCUGGACGCUGUACCUGGUGCAGGUGCUGCAGGACGUCCGCGGCCUGUCGCCGCUGCUCACCACGGCCUGGUUCCUCCCCGUCGUCUUCCUGGGCAUCUGCGCCGCCGUCGUCACCGGCAAGCUGCUGGGGCCGCUGCAGGUCCGGCCGCCCUACGUCAUGGCCAUGGCCCUGCUCGCCUUCACCCUCGGCUCCGUCCUGACCGCCUCCACCCCGCCCGACCAGUCCUACUGGGGCCAGACCUUUGUGUCCAUGCUCGUCAUGCCCUUUGGCAUGGACAUGAGCUUCCCGGCCGCCACCCUGAUCCUGUCCGACGCCGUCCCCAAGCGCCACCAGGGCGUCGGCGCGAGCCUCGUCAACACCGUCGUCAACUACGGCAUCGCCCUGGGCGUCGGCUUCGCUGGCACCGUCGAGGUGCAGGUCCACGGACACGGGGACACGCCCGACGACCUGAUGAGGGGGUUCCGAGGGGCUCUAUAUAUGGGUGUUGGCCUGGCUGGCCUGGGCCUGGCUGUCAGUCUUUGGUUCGUCGCGCGGGAGCGCAUUUUGAAGAAGACGGGUUGA